CUAAGGCAUUCCGCUCCUCAGGAUGCUCUGCUCCUUCUGCUACUCUCCUCUGUGGAUUCACACCUACUUGAAGCAUCAAAUCCAAAACAUGCCGAUAACCUGCUAAGUAUUAAGAUGGAUGUCUUCAUCCUGGGGGUUGGUGACCCUUAAGUGCUGGCGAGAUGUCCUUCAGUGGUGACGUGAGCCAGCACCCCCCUUCCGCACCGUCACUCAACCAAACAUCCCCGUCACGAGCACCGCCGUGGGAGGAGCCUCGCGAGAAUGAAACUCUGUUCCCAGACCUGUUGGGUCUGGGCCACGACGACCAAUGUCACACGUCUCCCGUCCUCACGGCAUUUCUGGUGGCAUGGUACAGUGUCACAAUGGUGCUGGGCCUCGUGGGCAAUGUCGGCCUUAUCUGCAUAAUUACUCGGCGCCGGGAGAAAGCCAACGUCACCAGCAUUUUCAUCUGUAACCUGUCAUUCUCUGACAUUCUGGUGUGUGUGUUCUGCCUCCCUUUCACACUCAUAUACACGCUCAUGGACCACUGGGUGUUUGGGUCACUGCUGUGCCGCCUGGUGCCCUUCAUUCAAUGCAUGUCUGUGACCGUCUCCAUCCUUUCCCUGGUUUUCAUCGCCCUGGAGAGACACCAACUCAUCAUUAACCCGGCUGGCUGGAAGCCCAGCAUUCCGCAAGCCUACACAGCAGUCGUUGUCAUCUGGAUUCUGGCCUGUUUCACCUCCUCGCCUUUCCUGGCCUUUCAGCUGCUCACGAACGAGCCCUACGCCAACGUGAUUCUUCCCCAGUCUGCUCUCUUUCACGAUAUGUCACCUCCGCAUCACGUCUCGGCUGCUAACUCAUCCGUGCUUCCGAAUUCCCUCCAUUUUCACAACCUUUACGCAUCCUUGCACAUGGAGGCCUGUCUGGAGCGCUGGCCCUCCCAGCAUCACCGGCUGACCUACACCACGUGGCUGCUGCUUUUCCAGUACUGCGGCCCCCUUAUUCUCGUUCUGCUGUGUUACGUCCGAGUGUUUGUGCGCCUGCGUCACCGCAAAGACAUGCUGAACCGCGCCAGAAUGCCCGAGAGCCAGCGCAUGACCCACAGCCGUCGCAUCAACAUCAUGCUGGUGGCCCUGAUCACGGCCUUUGCCCUGUGCUGGCUGCCGCUCACCAUCUUCAACGCCGUGUCCGACUGGAACCAGGAGGCGCUGCCUGUGUGCCACCACAACCUGCUCUUCUCGCUCUGCCACCUCCUGGCCAUGUCGUCCACCUGCAUCAACCCCAUCAUCUACGGCUUCCUCAACUCCAACUUUAGGCAGGAGGUGAAGGAGGUGAUCCAGCACUGCUGCUGCCGCCCUCUGGAGGAAGAGUGUGAGCGCUUCCCCAUGUCCACCGUGCACAUGGAGGUGUCUCGCACCUCGGUACCACUCGCCUGCAGGAGUAACUCUGUUUAAUAGUCGAGAUGGACACAAAUCUCUUUUGAUAACUUUUAAUGGAGCUUCUUUCGUAAUCUUCAUAACGACAAAUUUCAAAAAUGAUAAUCAUGUAUUCUGCAUUUUUUAUUUACACUGUUCAACA